UUCGAACACCUUCAGGCAGCAAAACAGUUUAUAAGGUACGUGCUUCCCCACAAAUGUUACAAACAUAUAAGGAACAACAUCAAGAAAUAGAUAGAUUUAGAAGGAAAAAUAUAAUAAAUGAAAUAAAAAAUGGGGAACCCGUAUUUUGGUGCGCGACGCAGUCCAGCGCUCUGUGGAAAUUCCCUUCUAAAGAGGAAGCCACAUUUUGUAAUAAGGAUAAAUUUCGAAAAUGGAAAAAUUUCGGUUUCGAAACUUUUUCCCAAAUUACACACCCCGAACCUGUUGAAGGAUUAAUUUGUUCCGCAAAAUACACAAAAGAAACUUAUUACACAAAUUUUUUGGGUGAUAAAUUUCUUAAGUUGGAACAAAAUUUGCUUCCAAUUUCAAAGGAAGAUUGUUUAAAAAUUAGGGAAAAUAAAAUAUGCCCUCUAAAUAAAAAGAUUAUGGAAAAGAAAGAUGGAAUAUGGAAAACCGAGGAAGUCUUAAAUAUAGAUUUCCCAGGAAGAUUUUCUUCCUUUUUCUGGGGUGAAAAAUCCUCAGAGGUUGUUAACUGUAUGUUACAACCAACCACACUCCAUUAUAAUCCUCAAACUCUAGAAAUGGUUUCCCCGCUCUUUGAAAUUAAAAAAUGUCAUUUUAUGACUGACUUUUGUCAGUUAUCUGACAAUUCGAGUCUCAUUUGGGAGGCAAAUUGUGAGACGAGGAAUUGCAAAAGUUGUUUCUAUGAAUAUUUGGGAAGGUGGGAAGGAGAUUAUACCCAAGCAAAUGAAAGAAUUGUUUGGAUUUCCAACACAAAGGAAAUUGCGCUCUCAUUCAAUUAUGAAGCCUCUCGAGAAAUGCUUGCAAUGGUCGGGCUGUAA